CUGCUGCUGUAAACGUCAUGAUCCAGGCUGGGAAGCUCAGCAGUCCUGAGCGGAAACCCCUCCCGAAUCCCAACUCCGGCAACCGAGCAAAAGACAAGAGGAAUAUCAAGGAAUCAGGAAACACGGAGAAACCCCGCUAUCCACACAUUAACCGAGCUGAGCAAGAAAUGCAGACCUGAGGGCUGCACGCUGGUGAGAGAUUGAAAAACCGCUCGCCUUGCACCAAGAUGGGGUUUGGCCAGGACUUGCGGAACUCCCAUGAGGGCCUGAUCAAGCUGCAGGACUGGGAGCUGAAGCUGCUGGAAACAGUGAAGCGCUUUAUGACCCUUCGAGUGAAGAGUGACAAGGAGUACGCCUCGCUUCUGCUCAACAUCAGCCAACAGGUGGACAAGCAUGACAACUCCUCCCAGAUCCACUACAUCAGCACUGUCUCCAAGUCGUGGGCUCACAUGGUACAGCAGACAGACCAGCUGAGUAAGAUCAUGAAGUCUCACGCUGAGGAGCUCAACUCUGGCCCACUGCAUCGCCUCACCAUGAUGAUCAAAGACAAGCAGCAGGUGAAGAGGAGUUACCAGAGCAUCCACCAGCAGAUCGAGUUCGAGCUGAACAAGGUGACAAAAACUGACCUUGAAAAGCUGAAGGCUAUCUACAGGCAGUUGAGUAAGGAUGCUCACAGUGCCAAAGAGAAAUACAGGGAAGCAGUAGUGAAAGGCAAGGAGCCGGAGAAAGCACGCGAGCGAUACGACAAAGCCACCAUGAAGCUGCACAACCUGCACAACCAGUACGUGCUAGCAGUCCGCAGUGCACAGCUGCACCAGGAGCACUACCACGAGAGUGCGCUCCCUCUGCUGCUGGACUCGCUGCAGAAGAUGCAGGAGGAGAUGAUCAGUACCCUAAAAGGGAUUCUAGAAGAGUACAGUGAAAUCACCAGCCUCCUGACUGAUGAAAUUGUGAAGGUUCACAAAGAAAUACACACCUCUAUUGACCAAAUCGAUCCUACAACAGAAUAUGAGAACUUUAUUGAAGUGCACGGGUCACCUGAAAGCAAAGAACCAAAUGUAGAAUUUGAUGUUUCACUAUUAGAUGAAACAGAGAAUCUUCAAGCCAACGAGAUCCUAUGGAACAAUUUGACUGCGGACAGUUUACAAGCACUGCUAAAGUCCACGGCUGAGGAGCUUCUGUUGACCCAGCAGAGUCUGCGCAGUAAAGAGGACCUCAUGCUAGACCUGCAGAGCAAAAUUGAGGAGUCCGCCAAAAGCUGUGAAAAGAAGUCUGACACGGUUCUGUUGCUGAGUCAGAAGCAGUCUCUGGAGGAGCUGAGACAGACCGUGCAGCUGCUGCGCUGCUCUGAAUCCAAACUGAGCUGCCACAAGGAGCUGCUGGAGCAGAAGAUGCAGGAGAAUGAGGGCAAGGAGCCUCCACCUGUGGUCAACUAUGAGGAAGACGCGCGUUCUGUCAACUCAGUGGAUAAAAGUAAAGACAGAAUAUCAAAGUUUGACACCCUCCGUCACUCCAUCGCUGGCAUCAUCCGUUCACCAAAGUCUGUGCUGGGCUCAUCUUCAUUCUUUGAUGUGAUCCCCACCAGUGAGAAGCCGCUGGGGGAGCAGGAGUGGUACCAUGGGGCGAUCCCGCGCACAGAGGCCCAGGAGCUGCUCAAGCAACAGGGAGACUUCCUGGUGCGUGAAAGCCACGGCAAGCCCGGCGAGUAUGUGCUUUCUGUGUUCUCAGACGCACAGCGCAGGCACUUCAUCAUCCAGUACGCUGAUAAUCAGUACAGAUUUGAGGGCACUGGAUUUCCCACCAUUCCUCAACUGAUCGAGCAUCACUACACUACAAAACAAGUCAUAACCAAGAAGUCUGGAGUUGUGCUCUUAAAUCCUGUCAUAAAGGAUAAAAAAUGGAUUCUUAAUCAUGAGGAUGUCAUUUUAGGAGAACUUCUAGGCAAAGGUAAUUUUGGUGAAGUAUUCAAAGGAACAUUAAGAGAUAAGACUCCUGUAGCUGUGAAGACUUGUAAAGAAGAUCUCCCACAAGACCUCAAGAUCAAGUUCCUCUCAGAAGCCAGGAUUCUAAAGCAGUAUGAUCAUCCCAACAUUGUAAAGUUAAUAGGUGUCUGCACACAAAGACAGCCUAUUUAUAUAGUAAUGGAACUUGUGCCAGGAGGAGACUUUCUCUCAUUUUUGAGGAAAAAGAAAGAAGACCUCAAGACGAAGCAGCUGGUGAAGUUUGCUCUAGAUGCUGCAGCAGGAAUGGCCUACCUGGAGCUAAAGAACUGUAUUCAUAGGGACCUGGCUGCCCGGAACUGCUUGGUGGGAGAAAACAACGUAUUAAAGAUCAGUGAUUUUGGGAUGUCACGGCAGGAGGAUGAUGGGAUUUAUUCAUCUUCUGGCCUCAAGCAGAUUCCUAUCAAGUGGACUGCACCAGAAGCACUCAACUAUGGGAGAUACAGCUCAGAAAGCGAUGUGUGGAGCUAUGGGAUCCUGCUUUGGGAGACCUUCAGCCUGGGAGUGUGUCCUUACCCAGGCAUGACCAACCAGCAAGCCCGUGAGCAGGUUGAGAAAGGUUACAGAAUGUCCUGUCCACAGAAGUGCCCAGAUGACGUCUACAAGAUCAUGCAGAGGUGCUGGGAUUACAAGCCUGAAAAUCGACCCAAAUUUUCAGACAUUCAUAGAGAACUGUCUUUAGUCAAGAAAAAAUAGCUCCAGAUCAGAACAUCAUCAAGACACCAAACCCAGGUCUUGUCCAGGUGAUUUCUACCUAACCCACAAACAGAAACAUCUAGAACGGUUCUCCCUCGUGUUCCUUACAUUUUAUGAUUAUAUUACAGAGUACAACUUGUCAUAAAAUGAUUGUAUGAAUUGCCUAUGCAACAGCUGUUUUGAGCCAUUACCAGUUCUUGAGGUCUUGAUUCUUUUCUGUUUCCUGAUGCCUGAAUUUCUACUAAAUGCUUACUUACACUUUUUGAAAUACUAUACUAUACUAAUUAUUUCCUCUGCUGGGCCCAUUAAUGUAUUGGUCAUUUCAGAGUGGGUGGAGAUUAAGAGCUUCGAUUAUGCAGAAUAUUGCAUGCCUGAUCAUGUCAUGGGUUUCAAUUAAAAAUUGAAGAAAACAUCGAAAUGGGAAAAAAAUAGCUGUGCUCAAAUUUGUUUUAACCAUUAAUAGUCACAGUGUACACAGUCAAAUUACACAUUAAAACUAGGUUAUUUCAUUUUUCAUGUUUUACAUGCUAAAUGUGUGCUAAAGGCCCAGUCAGGGUCUACUUAUGGCUUAUUGUGGAUAAUAAUAGGCAAUGAAUAGGAAUAUUUAUGUAAAAUGGUUAAACUCCAAGAUUGAUUGAUUGAUUGAUUUCAGCAUUAAAUGGCUUAACAACUAACUAUAGGCCAUAUUAUUAUAAUACCACUUUUACUGCUGAAUUUGACAUAUCUUCAUACUAAUACUUCAUCAUGAGAUCUUUUCUUGUCCGAUAUGUAUUCUAUUUGCCGUAUGGUUGAUAAUUAUGCCAUCAGCCAGUAUUUUUGAGCACUGUGCAAACUCACGUGACACUUGUAUUUCUUUGAUUUGCAGUGAGUUGAUUAGUUAUAGGCACAACAUUCGCUUAUAUUUGUAAUGCAGGUUGAUUUAAGAUAAAUUUAUUUCAUACUGAUAAUUUAGUUUAAUUAAGUAUUUUAUAUAUUUUCACCUGACCUGUUACCUGCUUUAUUCCUGUCAAGGAAUUACACUUAAUAGGAUAUUUCAGACCGGUUUAAAUUCAUUAAUAUUGUUUAAAUAUUCAAAUGCAACCAUGUGUGGCCUUAAGUAUGAAAAAGUCAGAUUAGAUUAGUAUCUGCUGCAUAUCUUACUGCAAAAAUCUCCCUUAAAAAUACUGUGUAGUCUAGGACUAGGUUUAGUCCCUGUAUGGGAUCUAACCCUUGAUAUGCUAAACUGCUAAACUUAGCACUAAAGUGCUCUACCUAAAACAGACAGUUGUUUCCUGUUCUUCGGCUCUUCGGCUCUGAAAAUCAAGGCAUCAAUGAUCAUUUAGCUACAUAUUUCCAUUUUCUUUACAAGUGUAUUUGUUUAAACAAUCAUCAACCAAAGCAGAUCUCAGGCACAUGCUGUAGAUUAUCAGUAUCUACAUGUUUCAGAUUUAUGUGCAUUCUUUUUUUUUUUAUUCCAUGACGAGACCACCUUCUUUUCUAUCCAGACCUCAGCUGGGAUUUCUUUGACAUGCAUUUAUUAUCCUAACUAGUAUUACAAUUAUGACUGCCAGGAAAUAAUGGGUUUUCUAUGUCAUACAUGCAAAAAACACCUUUUUUCUGAUACUUAUUUACUUUAAUUCUCUAUAUGUAGCCAAUUUCUACUGGCCACCUGUGCUGCCUGUCCAAGCAGUGUCCUUACCAGCAAGCUUUUAUAAUUUUCUUUCUCAAGUUACCAGUCAAAUAACGGUGCCAAUUCUGUUUGUUUAAAGAAUAAAUGGAAUGGAGUUGA